GCUGCGGUACGGACGCGAAAAAAUAUUUCACCGCCUUUAAUUGGUUCAUAUAGACGGAAAAGGAAUUUUUAAUUUAUGUUUUCUUCCGUGAAAUUUCAGACUACCGGAUUAAUUUCUGUACUUCGAUUCCAAGCAUCUCCUGCUGAGACGUGAUUAGUGUACUUUCGUCGAACUAUCGUUGUAGCUAGUAAUAACCAAAGUGACGGAUAAGGUCUAGAUUGGUGUGCCGAAUUAUCAAGGAUAAGAAACCAAACAGUGAAAAAUGGGUGCUUUAAAGAAAAUGACACGCUGUGGCAGCAUAAGUAUGUUAUUUGCUGCGCUAAUAGUGCUGUUUGGCGUCAGUUCGUCGGCUUUGACCACCUUCGGGAAGACGAAUCCGAAUCAACAGGCUCCACCGCCAACACGACCGCCAGUGAAAGCCAAAGAAUGCACCAGUCACGCCGAUUGCACCGCGAUACAGAACACUAGCUGUGUUAUGGCCGCAGAUGAUCGCAUGCGGUGCCUGUGUGGAGACUUCGAGGCGCCCGACAACGGCUACUGCCAGGCCAAAUUCAAAGGUCUCCGUCAUCUUUGCAUGGAUACGCUGCAGUGUGACAUUGGCAUGAUCUGUGCAGUUGAAAAUAUUACCAAAACUACAGCUCUGGUCACCAGCAAAACAUUUAUGACGAGCAGCAUGUUGAACAACAAUAACAGCAAUUACAAAUUGUGUCUAUGCGAUAAAGAUCUGGGAUAUAUGGAAGAUAAACACGACAUCCAUCACUGCAAUGGUGCCAUUUCUUUCCUCUUAGCAGGACCCCUAGCGCCAUCUUUAUUUCUAAUGUUGAUUCUAUCGGUAUUCAGGAGAGCUCUAAACCAACCGGCGGAAUGGAUGUAGGCCGGUUUUGAGCGUGUAACUUGCCAUAUAAUCUAAUAACUUUAAACAUAUCAUACAAAUUUCAACAACUAAUCGUUAGGGAAUUUUGAAAAUAAGCACUUCAUACGAUGUGAUUUACUGUACUGUGCUAAAAACAACUACAAAGCUGUGCGAUUAUUUUGCCUUAAAAGAACGAGACACUUUCAGAAAAAAACCAUGUGAUCUAUCGAAAUGCACCAAACUGAAUAAUAACUUUCUAGAUCAGGAUACUUUAUAAGUCUACAAUCGUCGUGAAUAGUAGUUCAAAUUGACACCAAAGUGUAUUUUUUUAGUCAGCCACAUUACUAGGCAGUUCAGUCAUUUUGGUUUAUUAUUUCAAGAAGAGCUGAACAUAUAGUACUCGGCAAUCUAAUAAAAGGCUUCAAUAUCUUUAUUCUUAUACAUAUUAUACAUUUACAUACAAAAUUAACAGUUUUUAUAGUAACUAAAUUGGUUUAACCUGGACCGGAGUACGCAAUUCGUAUGAAUCUCGAAACAAUAAGUAGCCGAAUAGAUAUGCGUUCAAAAAUAGUCCCAGGUUUAUCAGCAAGAUAUAUAAACAUAACAUCAACUCAACACAGACAAAUAUUUUUCGUUGGAUGCUAAAAUAGGGUAAAUGCAACUUUGUUUGAAAUGCCCGCUUGUGUUUUCGAGUGCAAAAACCGGCUAAAAAUAUUGAGCGCAAAUCCAGAUUCAAGACAUUUGAAAUACGAAACCUGUCCCAAAUUAACCUUAAUUCUGGGAGAAUAUAUAACAGCUGAGAUUCAUAUGUGUAAAGAUUCAAUUACAUAGACAGAGUAGAGACCGAAUCGGCAAUCCAUUAUUUGAUUUGCGAUAUUAUUAUUAUUAUUAUUAUUUAUUUGAUUAAACAAGUAGAAUUAAUUCCUGUUUUGUCACUAGCACACAAAUAUCAGAAAUUUAUGGCGAAAUCUUCAUAUUCAGAAUAUCGAAUCAUUUUUCGUUCAUGUUUAGAUUGUGAAAUACAUUCAGUUCUAGUUCCAAUUUGUUUUCUGAACACAAAAAAUACUAAAACAUUUUGUAGGAUAAAAAAUAAGUCCCAGCUGUGAGUUUUUAUUUCAAUUGAUAUCUUCAAUUACAUCAUCGCAGUAUCAUCGAUACGAAAUUUGGUUGAUUUUUAUAAAUUAAUCUAUGAGGUAACCAUCUUUGUAUCGAUGAUUUGAAUAUAUCAUUUCAAGUUGUUCAAUUACGUAUUGAAAAUUUCCGAUUAUUUAAUAUCGGUCAUGCUAAAAAAUACUCAAUAAGAAUUAAAUGUAAGUAGUUUUUCACACAUCUGAAAUGGCUUCAUAUCAAGAUUAAUGUUGAAAUAAGGUUUACAGAAUUUCAAGCUACAAAAUAUUUUCUCUUAAUAUUAUAUAUGAAACAAGUCAACGAUUCUAUGGACUACACACUACGUAUCAUACUGUUAAUGAUAUUUAGGAUCUAUUCUAAAUAAACUAAAAAUAUAAAUAAAUAUAAUGAAUGUAAUAAAUAUUUAUAAUCAGAA